UGGAUAGCAAGACUGUAAUCUCCCUCCUUAUUCUCUCUUUUAUGGGCAAUCUUCCUGAGAUGAUGCUGGCAGCAGAGCUGCGGUGUCACUGCAUCCAGACCGUCACAGGAUUAAUGUUGCCAAAGCGCCUGGCCAACGUAGAAAUCAUUCCUAAGGGCCCACACUGCAACGCUGUGGAAAUCAUAGCAACGCUGAAGAACAGCCAGCAAAUCUGUUUAGAUCCUCAGGCCAAAUGGGUGAAGAUGAUAAUUAACAGGAUUCUACACAGUGCAUCCAAGGAACGGCGUCAGUGAAGGAAACAGAGGCAACUCUGCAAGCAAGAGAAAGCUGCAUAGAAAUGCCAUUAGCCUUUAAGUGUCUCCAGGCUCACAGUAUUCAUAAUUUCACUUUAGCUUUUUCUAUCCUCACUGC